UUGGGACAAGAAGCGCGGUUAUGGUUAUGGAGUUGAAUGAUGAUGAUACUAAACAAAUGUCGUGUUCCAUUGUCGAGUAAGGAAUAGUUUCGUUUUGGAGAAUCAGAUUAUUGAAGAGAGGAUGAUGCCGCAGCAGUGGGCAUCCCCUUGUGGAAAUCAAUGCACCCAUAAAUACGCUGCCCUUACUCAAAUCCCAUGGCGAGUAUUCUGCAAAAAGGGGUGCACUUCUGACGGAGAGACCUGGGAGGAAUGCUUGGAGGAGUGCAAUCAAAUAUGUUACAAGGACCCUGUACUAAAGGACAAGCAGUGGAGUGCUUAUAUUGAUCGUUCUCCUGGUGCUGCCAGUUAUUCAGAGGAAUGUUUCCAUGCCUGUGUAUCUGGCUGCGGUUAUAAGUUUGACAUUAAACCUGAUAAAGUUGAUAAAGUUUGUCCAAACAGGCCACCAAAGCCUACCCCUGUUCAGAAGCCGAGGUCACAACCGGUGGAACCAAUUUACCCGCCGGAGGAUAUGCCUGGCACUUCUGCAUAGUGAAAACAACCUAAUUUUACAAAAAAGGCGUACAUUUAACCAUUCUUUAUAGGCUACAUUUUUGUAGGAAUUUAUGUUGUUUUCUUACAAUCUGCUUUGCAUAAGCAUGGUUUAUGUUCAUUUUGGGGGUAACACUUAACAGCAUGAUUCCUUAUGCCUUUUUGCCUUGAGAUUCUAGAAGCUUCAUGUUGUCUGAAAACAGAGAAUCCGGGAAAUUUGGUCGUUGGACAACUAUAGUCUAAACCGGGGCUUCCUAGAUUUUGUUAAAGUUAUUGAGCUACUCUUCCAAUUUUCUAUCUGGUGGUGAAUGACAGGCAGUUAGUUUGUUCGAGAAAAUUUGGAAUUUUCCCAUAUGGCCAAAUGGAUUUUGUGCUUUGCAACUGAAGAAUUAUUCUUCAUGAUAGAUUUGUCUUUUGACACUGCACUGACAUUUCAAUCUCCAAACGUGGUUACUUUCAUGGCUUUAAGUUAUAGGAAAAAGUGUGUGUUAUUUUAAAGAGUGUAAAGUUGUGUUAUUUUAAGUGAGAAAAAGAGAUAGAUUAUGGGGGUGAGA